CUGAGAGUGAUGGUGCAAGAACAUCUAUUCCCAGUCACGAUGUUGACCCUUCCUCACUUGGUGUGCUCUGUGUAUUACAGUGUGAUCAAAUGUCAUGAGUGGCUAUGUGAAAUUGCACAUGUCCUGCAUCGUGAUGUCAGUCUGAACAACGUUAUGUGGCGGGCAAAGAACAACGAGGUCUAUGGUGUCCUAAACGACUACGACCUUGCAAUCAUGAUGGACGAUCAUUCCAGGGAAGCUUCAUCGAAUCAGCGGACAGGCACACGACCAUACUUGGCAAGAGAUUUCCUUUGCGACCUACCUCCUCGCCAUCUUCCACGUCAUGACAUUGAAUCCUUUGUCUAUGUUAUGGUGGCCCAUUUGUCACGUUAUGAGCAGGGCAAGGUGAUACAGCCAGAGCCACUAGAGGAUUGG